ACUGCUGGCCCCAUCCUUCUUCAGCAGCUCGUCUAGCUCCACGGCAUCUUCAGUUUUCACGCAGUAGGAGCGGGAAGGGGCAGCGAAGUGCGCGGUGCGGAAAGCAGGGCGAUGCGCAGCGGCAUGUAGCACCUUCAGUUGAGUACACAGGGCUCUGGCAUCAGCGGAGGCGGUGACGAAGCGGCAGUGGCGGCUCGGUAACCAGGUCUUCUGUCUAGAACCGGACGAGGGACGCUUGAGGGUGGUUUGAAACAACUCCUUCAGCACUGUCGAACACCUAAACUGUAACAUCUCAAUCCUGUCAGGCAAUUACAGAGAAAGUCGUAGUUCCAAAUAUAGCCAGUAGCAACAGCAGGGUUGUUAAGAGAUGUCUUCCACCACGUUGACUGUCUGAGAGGCUAUGAGUCAGCCACCGGCAUCGACAGAUAAAUCCAGGCGCACGUCCACGCCCCGCUGCUCCUAUUGGUGGAAAUUCGGUGAUGUGCGCCUCCAAAGAUAAUUUAUGACGCUCUCAAGUUAGCUAUUGGAGUGUCUCCAUGUCAAUCAAUUCCUGUUAAACGAUUGAACCGCUUCAGAAGGAAUUUUCUAGCACAUGUUCAUCAACAUCAUGAAUAUUGCCUAUUAAUGAGUGUCUUUACUAAAUGUGUCAAUAAAGAAACGAUGGCUCCUUUUGGAUAUACUGAGAUCGGCUAUAUUUAAGUUAGUAAGCUCAGUUUAUGGUCUGUUUGGGCGACAGCAGAUGAGCUGGACGGCGAGGUCAAGAUGGAAGUUUUGUUCAAGCCCGAGACGUGCACCCCAAAGAGCAAAAGAGGAGAUCUGAUGAACGCUCAUUACGAUGGGUACCUCGCCAAAGAUGGGUCUCAGUUCUACUGCAGUCGAUCAGACAAAGAUGGACACCCCCAGUGGUUUGUGCUGGGUGUCGGACAAGUCAUCAAGGGCCUUGAUAUAGGGAUGGAAGAUAUGUGUCCUGGAGAGAAGCGGAAAAUAACUGUUCCACCUGCCCUGGCCUUUGGAGAAAAAGGCAAAGGUCCAGUGCCUCCCAAUGCUACGGUGGUGUUUGAGGUGGAGGUCUACUCUGUGUCCAGGGGACCACGCACCAUGGAGGCUUUCAGAAACAUAGACCUUGAUAAAGACAAUAGUCUCACGAAGGCCGAGGUAAAGGAAUACUUGAAAGCGGACUACGAAAAAAGUGGAAAGCCACGUGAUGACGCUUUCUAUGAGAAGAUUAUGGCUGACAUAUUCCGCAAGAAUGACCAAGACAGAGACGGACUGAUCAGUGCAAAGGAGUAUAAUAUUUAUGAACAUGAUGAGCUCUAGUGUUUGAUCUUGGUAAUUAUUUUAGUUUCUGUACUUUGAUCAAUUAGAAAGAAACCAUGAAUAGGUAAGGGGAAAAUCCACCAUCAGAUGUACAUACACUGGGGAUUUUCAGUACUUUCUGGGUGUUAUUUUGUGAUGAAACUUUACUUUUCUGGUCUACUCAUGUUACUCCAACAUGCCUUGUCACUUCUACUUCAGUUAGUGGUUUCCUACUUUCCGUAGAAUGCCUUUUGAGAGUCCCUUGGCACAAAGCUACUGUGGAAGUAGAAAAGUGUAUGUCUUCCUCUCUGUGGUUGGUUUCACCCCAUACGAUUUCCCAGCACCAGUUCAAUGGUGCAAAUAUAGAGAGAAGUCUUGGCUCUUUGAGUCACUGACUCCAAAACCUUACAUCGUUAUUGGUAAUCUUUUUGAAAUGGUUUUGCUAUGAAAUGAAUAGAUUCUGGGUGGAUUUUUCCUUUUUAAAAUGCCGACAGGACAUAGAUGUGUUGAGGUAUUUAAACAGCUUUCCCAGACAGAAAACUAGCAUCUACAUGUUUUGUUUUUUAAAGUUAAAACUGUGCAAGAAAGAACAUCUCCAACGCCUGUGAAAACCUUUGAUUUUUGCGCAAAUACCACUCAAUUUUAGCAUUUGAAUUUUUUUAUUUGUGUCUUAAGUUUUGUCUUUUGGUGAACAUUGAUUCAAUUUGCAGCACAAAGAAGAAACCACAGGAUUGCACCAUGCUGUGGAAUCAGGGGCUUAGAUGUAACAUGUGAGAUUUUAAAAGGUUUAACCAGAAAUGAGAAAGGAACUUAAAUUGUUCAACCUUCCUGUGAAUAUCCUGCCCUCUAAUCUGCAUCAUCAUAUUGAAAAGGUGACUGCAAACACUAAUCUUUUCUUCUUAAAUCCAAUUUAAACCUAAAGCCUUUAAGAAAUCAGAUGUGGCAGUGUUGAAGAGAAGUUUCAACAUGGUUGAUGAUAAAAUGCACAUGUAUGUCAGACAUGUUUACAAGUUUUGUGUAAGUCUUUAUGUGGUCAAACUCAUGACUAUCAUUGUAUCCAGCUGAACAAUUGUUUUUACUAAUGCAAUAAAUAAAUCAGUGUGUGUGGAAAACUC